AUGUUGAUUACUCUAGAAUGCGUUAUACUUGCGUUGCAGGCAGUUGCUGCAAUUCGAGUUUCAUUACAUUCACCUUCUGGAAUUGACAGUCAAUCAAACAAUAGGCUGUCAAAACGAUCACCCGUUGAGUUGGAUGGUGAUAUCAAGAAAUGUUACAGAAUGAAAUCCAAUGUUGAUGGAGUUGAUUUGAAUUUGCAAGUUGAUUCAACAAUGUCUGAUAUAGUUGUACCACUUCCUAGUUCAAGCAACGAUGUAGGCUUGGCUAUACAAAGUACUCCAAGUGGGGAACCCGUUAGUAUAAAGUACAAAGGCAAACAGUAUAAUGGAGUUACAUCCACAGCCGUUGUGACGAUUCCGGGUACUAGUAUAACUGACAUCAAAUUACCAGUAGUUGCAGUUGAAAGACAAUCGGCAGAUAUAGUUGGUAUUGGUGGAACACUCAAGCAAGGAGUUUUUGGAAUUGGCUACUCCUCGUUGUCAGAUCAUCAUCCACCAAUCACUGCGAUGGAUGUUUUGUACAAAGAUGGUAUCAUUCCUAAUAACGAGAUUGGUCUUCAAUUGUGUCCGUAUGAUAUUCUGCAUGAAAGUUUCAUCAAUAUAGGAAAUACGGACAUAACUCCAAAAUGCGGAACGGAUGGAAAAAGUGUUGCAUGGGUAGACUCACCAACAAACAAUCAGUUUAGUGUCAACAUCAAGAUUUUGCCUGAGAAAGUCGUGACUACGUUGAUCAAUGCUAUUCUUGAUAGCAAUGCGAUCACUGUCAAAGGCAGUAUGCUUAGGCGCAAACUCGGCAAAGAAGAAAUUAAAAAAAAGCUACAAGCAAAUUCUCUAAUGUUCAAAUCCAACUACAAUAUCAAGUGGGACAGGAUGCCAACGAUUUCAGUUGUAAUGUAUGCCCAAACCCCCGUAACUUAUGACAAUAGCAACUCCGUUGUAACAAUCAAAUUGGGUCCUAGAGACUAUAUGUGGAAAUAUGAUUCUGAAAAUGUAAAUAUUUGA